AUGGAACGCUACGUUACUCCCCCAAUAAAAAAUUUGGAUCUUUACGAUAUGUGGAAAAAACACGUACGUUGUUUCUGGACUAAAGAUGAGAUUAACAUAACUUCUAGCGACUUGCGAGAAUGGAACGAUUUAACGCCCGACGAACGUCAAUUUUUUAAAUGUAUAUUGGGUUUCUUUGCCAGCACCAAUAUUAUAGUAAGCGAUAAUUUAGCUCUUCGGUUUUUAGCCGAUCCAAAUAUUUCGCGAGAAGCGCGAUGUUUUUAUAGUUUUCAAAUCGCUAUGGAAAACAUACAUUCAGAAACUUACAUCGAGCUGUUAACGGCCUACGUACCGGAAGAGAAGGAACGUAACGAGCUCCUGUAUUCAAUUAUUUCGUGGCCGUGUUUAAACGUGAAAUCUAGAUGGGCUGUCAAAUGGAUGAAUGACGAGUUUGCGACUUAUGCUGAACGACUAGUUGCGUUCGCUGUAGUUGAAGGAAUAAUGUUUUCAUCGUCAUUUGCUGGCAUAUAUUGGAUUAAGCAAAGUGGACUGUUAGCCGGUCUCACACAAGCAAAUGAAUUUAUUUCUCGUGAUGAAGGUUUACAUUGCACGUUCGCUUGUACGAUGUAUGGAAAAAUAAAACCGCGUUUACCCGAUACCAAAGUUAGAAAGAUAGUCUUAGAAGGAUGUGAAGUUGAAAAAUUAUUUGUUAAACACGCUCUGCGUAAACCUCUCUUGGGCAUGAAUUCUCAUUUGAUGGAAACCUACGUGAAUUUCGUCACGGACAACUUAUUGACAGACUUAGGUUAUGAAAAAGAAUUCGGUGUCAACAAUCCAUUCCCAUUCAUGGAUAAUAUCUCUAUGCAAGGCAAAACAAAUUUCUUUGAAAGGAGAGUCACUGAAUACACGCGUCUGACUGGCCAUGGUUUUACCACUUCAGUCGAAUUCUGA